UGGAGUUGCAAGUGGGGUUUGCCUCAAAAUAGUUGAAGGUAUUUCCAGAACAGAUUAAACAAGCUGUGCUUUGUCGGGUUUCUCUAUGUGCAUUUUGUCUGUCUUUUGUUGGAGUUGUAGUAGCUGUCGCGAACAAUAACUGUCACAUUUUGAGACAAAGGUUUUACGAAAUCUAACUAGCUGACUGCUAGCUUAGCACCAACGUAGCUUCAAGCAUGGCAGCCGUACUGGAGCUGAUAGCGGGGAGCUACGAGCAGGUCACAGUUGGUUACCGAGUGAACACAGAUGAGAAAGAGUGGACAGCAGCGGCAGAUUUCACACACCACGCCCACACAGCAUCCAUAUCAGCUGUAGCAGCAAGUGAGAGGUUUGUAGUCACAGGAAGCAAAGAUGAGACCAUACAGCUUUACGACAUGACCAAGAGAGUUGAACAUGGAGCUUUGCUGCAACAUGACGGCACCGUCACCUGCCUGGAGUUUUACGGGACGUCUCAUUUGCUGAGCGGAGGAGAGGAUGGACUCGUCUGUGUGUGGAGCACGAAGAAAUGGGAGUGUCUGAAAUCCUUCAAGGCUCACAAAGGCCACAUCAACUCACUAUCUGUCCAUCCUUCUGGGAAACUUGCACUCACAGUUGGGACAGAUAAGACACUCAGAACAUGGAAUCUAAUUGAUGGAAGAUCAGCAUUUAUCAAAAACAUAAAACAAAAUGCACACAUUGUCAGAUGGUCUCCAGAUGGGGAUAAAUACGUGGUUGUUGUAAAUGAUCAAAUAGACAUCUAUGACCUGCAGACCGCCUCGGUGAUGGGAACAAUCAAAAACCCAAAGAGGAUCUCAUCCAUUAAGUUCUUAAAUAACUCCAUCCUGGUCGUAGCAGGAGACGAUGAAAUUGUGAGAUUGUGUGACACGGGAAAAGAGAAAUGGGUGUGUGAGUUUAAGGCUCAUGAAACCAGAGUCAAAUCUGUGGACAGUUUCAUGAUGGAGGACUACUGCGUGGUGGUGACAGCUUCAAACGAUGGAUUCAUCAAAAUGUGGAAACUCUAUCUCAAAGAGGAGCUGGAGUCUCCCACUCUCUUGGGGGAAGUGAACACAACAGCCAGACUGACGUGCCUCGCUGUGUGGAAACCUUCAUCAGUGCAGCAGACCACAGAGGAACCAGCAGCUGGGGCAACAUCAUCCAAAGAACUCGCUCAGGAGCUGGCAAAGAUGAAGAGAGUCCGUAUUGCAACAGAAGAAGUCAUAUUAGAAGAUGAGAGCAAACCGAAAAAGAAGAAGAAAAAAGAUAGUGGAAAAUAAGAUUUCAAAUAAUAAAUAGGCUUUAUGAUUAUUCAUGGACUGUUUUACGUCUUGACCUGUUUGUCACUUGUAUCUUUGCCACAGUGAGGUGAUAAAGUACAGCUUUGAAUUGGCAAUAUUAUGUAUAUAUAUAUUUGUUGUUGAUGCUGAGGAGAGAAAAUGAGAGGCAACAAUAAAACAUGUUUUAUUAUC